AUGUCUGCUCCAUGGCCUUUCGUGGCAUGGGGAAUGGAUGUGAUUGGACCGAUAGAACCAAAAGCAUCGAAUGGUCACAUGUUCAUCUUGGUGGCCAUUGAUUAUUUAACAAAGUGGGUGGAAGUAGUAACUUUCAAGUCAGUGACCAAGAAAGUCGUGGUGGAUUUCAUCCAUUUCAACAUCAUCUGUCGGUUUGGUAUUCCAAAGGUGAUUAUAACUGACAAUGCCGCAAAUCUCAACAGCCACUUAAUGCAAGAGGUAUGCUACCGAUUUAAGAUUGAGCAUCGAAAUUCGACUCCCUAUCACCCAAAGGCAAACGGGGCUGUAGAAGCUACUAACAAAAAUAUAAAAAAGUUACUUCGUAAGAUAGUGCAAAGUUCUCGACAAUGGCAUGAAAAGUUGCCUUUUGCUUUGUUGGGUUAUCGCACUACAGUCCGUACGUCAGUGGGCGCUACCUCAUAUUCACUGGUAUACGAGACUGAGGCAGCCCUAAUGUUGGGUUCGGUUCAACCAAAUACAUAUGAUUGA